UACAGCUCACCAUUAUCACCCAUGGAUCCGACAUUAGAUAAUACGUUCAAUUGAAAAGGACAUAAUAAAAACCAGUAAUUGACGAAUCUCUCGAUAGUAUCAUAAAUGCGACAGGGAAGAUAGUACAAUCACUCCCGUGAGACACACACUCCAUUGGGGAUUUGGUUUAUCAAGGGAAUAUGAGAAAGAACUUGUGCGACAUACGAGCAGUGAAGAUUCAUAGCUUGGAACUGGAGGUGUCUGUUCGUUUCAGUCAAAAUGAUGAGAGUGACCAUAAGUGGUGUGUUGCUUUUGCUAAGCACCGUGACCAUUGGACAUGCGCAACGCACAUUCCCGGAGGGCUUUAAAUUUGGUGUAGGAACAUCGGCGUAUCAAAUCGAAGGAGGAUGGAACGAGGAUGGUAAGGGUGAAUCAAUAUGGGAUCAUCUGGUACACAACUACCCACAGAAAAUCUCCGAUGGAACCAAUGGAGAUGUGGCGUGCGACAGUUACCAUAAUUGGCGCCGUGAUGUGGAAAUGAUUCGUGCGCUCGGUGUGGACAUCUAUCGGUUUUCGCUCGCCUGGAGCCGUAUACUCCCAACCGGUAUUAGCAAUCAAGUCAAUCAGAAGGGUAUCGAUUACUACAACAAUCUUAUCAAUGAGCUGCUUAAGUACAACAUUACACCGAUGGUGACACUCUUUCACUGGGACACACCGCAACGUCUGCAGGAGAUGGGAGGAUUUACGAAUCGCCUUAUCGUGGGACACUUUCUUGAGUAUGCUAGGAUCGCAUUCGAAAACUUUGGAGAUCGCGUAAAGAUCUGGACAACGUUCAAUGAACCACCUCAGACUUGUCGGCUACCGUAUGAGUAUGAUGCUAUGGCACCGGGAUUAGACUUUCCGGGUAGCUAUACGUACCUUUGCACCCAUCACCUGCUGUUAUCGCACGCGGAAGCUGUGGAUCUGUACCGGAAGCAGUUUCAACCAACGCAGGGCGGUCAGAUCGGCAUAACGGUCGAUGGAUCGUGGGCCGAACCGAUAUCGGAAGCGGAACGAGCAGCGUCGGAUCUUACGAUGCAGUACUUGUUCGGGAUCUACAUGCAUCCGAUCUACAUCGGCAACUAUCCACAAGUGAUAAUCGAUCGUAUUGGCAAUUUAAGCAUACAGCAGGGUUUUAAGAAAUCUCGCCUGCCCUCCUUUACUGCGGAGGAACUAACCAAGCUGAAAGGUUCGUCCGAUUUCUUCGGUUACAACGGAUACACAACCAAUCUGGUGUACAUGAACGAUGCGGCCAAUACGGCCAACUUCCGUGUACCAUCGUUCGAUCACGAUCGUAAUACGGUAGACUUUCAGGAUGAUCGUUGGCCAUCGGCGGGAUCCUCGUGGCUGAAGGUGUACCCGAAAGGUAUGUACAAUGUGCUGAGCUGGAUCCGACGAGAGUACAACAAUCCACCGGUAUGGGUCACUGAGAACGGUGUUAGCGAUUUGGGCGGUACACGGGAUGUGGCACGGGUACAAUAUUACAAAGAUUACUUAAACGCGAUCCUGGAUGCGAUCGACGAUGGGUGUGAUGUUCGGGGAUACGUUGCCUGGAGCUUGAUGGAUAACUUCGAGUGGCGUGCUGGGCUGAGCGAACGGUUCGGCUUGUACUACGUGAAUUACAGUGAUCCGGGUUUGCCGCGUUACGCUAAAUCAUCGGCCAAAGCGUUCGGUAACAUCGUGCGCAACAGAUGGAUCGAUCCGGACGAUAUGCCAGAACCGGAACUGUACAUACCGGGACCGGAUGAGCCAAUUACUACCACAACUGUGCGCGUUGAAACUACCACUAAGGAUGAUGGUGAUGAUGGCGGAGCAACUGGACUGUUGGUAUCGAAGCUGGUGAUUAUCGUAGCAUUUAUACUGUUUGUACUGAAUAUGUAAAAAAGAAAGCAGUUACAUCUGUAGUGAAUGUUUUAGUACGCACAGAAAGUCGUGUAUAAUUGUUUUGUGUUUGUAUUUAAGGAAGUAGAA